UAAAAACUAUAACACGAGCAAUAAAACUCAAAUAACAAUUUUGCAAACAAUUGUACAGAUGUACAUUGCAAUGAGGAUAUUGUUCGUCGUUCUAUUGUGCUACAAACAGACAAACAGUCAAGCUAACGAUGAAUAUAUUAAAAAUAUGGCAAGAGCAUUUCCAGUACAGAAAAUAAUACCAUUUCAUCGUAACAUACAAAUUUUAAACGCCCAAAAGUUCAUAAGAGCUCUACCAGAUGACAACGCACUAAUAACGAAGAAAUAUGGAGCACCAGAGACAUACACUGUAUUCCCAGCGAUCCCGACGAAAAGCCAUAAAGUAACUUAUUUCCCUAUAGAAACUCUUUUCGGACCAAACAGGAUAAUCAGGAAAGUACCACAUCAAAGAUUACUAAACUAUUCCAGAUUCAAAAGAUCAGCUCUUAACGAAACAAAAUUAAAAUCACGUCGUCACAGAAAUCGUGAAGAUAAAUACGUCCCUAAUAUUAGUAGGAUUAAUAAAAUUAAUCAAAAAAACAGAUUAGCAAAAGUAAGAAGCAUUUCAGUUACUAGUAGAACACCUAAGAUACGAGAAAACAAAAAAGAAAAAGUGAACCUUAAAAGUGCAUCGAAGUCCCACAAGGUUCAGAAAAGUACGAAGAGACACGACCAUAAAGUAAGAAAAAAUAAAAGAAACCAUUUAAGCAAAUCACGAUCUAGAAAGAACAGAAAAGAAAAUAAUCGUCGAUCAGAAAGAAAUCAAAGAGUAAAUGCAAGCCGACGUCUGCUGGCGGGCAAAGACUCGACGAUCGAGCAGUAUCCAUACAUGGUUUCCAUACAGAAGGGAGAUGAACACUGGUGUUCCGGGGCGCUGCUAAACCCGCGUCUUGUCAUAACCACUGCUAACUGCGUUUGGAAAUCAGUACAAGUGAGUCAUAUGAAGAUCCGGGCGGGGUCAAAGUACUCUGACCGCGGAGGUCAAGUGGCCCGUAUCCAGGAGUUGAUGCGACAUCCCGGCUGGAGCAUCCGGCAUAACCCCGACUACGAUGUGGCUCUGCUGCUGCUUGACAGGAACCUAAGAUUCUCUCAUUCUCUCCAUUCGGUUGAUUUACCAAAUCGCUCCAUGAUGCCCGCCUUCAAUGACGCCUGGGUCACCAGCUGGGGUAGCGACAAGCGCGACGGCGUGUACCAGAACACGGGUUUGACGCUGCAGGCGUACAACGCAAAGAUAAUGGACUUCGGCAAAUGUCAGAACAUCACGCAGAGAUUCGGUGUUUUCGUUACAAGGAACUUCUUCUGCAUGUCGCAGAUAGGACGACGAUCGCCUUGCACUCGUGAUACAGGCGCCCCAGCGGUUAGUGACGGAGUUCUCUGGGGUCUGGCGUCGUGGGGCUUACGUAAAUUAUGCGGUACGGAACGUUUCCCAGCUAUGUUCACGUACGUAGCAUCGACACCAAUAAUGAACUUCUUAGAAAACACGACUCGUCAGCUCAUGUCCGAUGACCGGAAUUACCCGUACCCGGACAGGAUCGCGGAUACCUGGAUAAAAGAACUCAUGGUCAACAUGUCAAUGACUAAAGCAGGGUAAAUAACCAGGAAAUACAUAUU